CGUCCGCGGGUGCGGCGGCGCGCGUUCUUGGUACCGGCCGUCCGGCGUCGCCAGCUGGCGCCUCCUGAGGCGGCGCGGCGGUGCAAGACCGCCGGGUCCCGCGCGCCCACGCCUUGCGCGCCAAGCUCGAGGCGGUGGGCUGGGUGAUGGUGCGCUUCCUCCGGCGCGGCCACAGCCUUGACAAGACCGGAUCGCACGGCAGCAACAGCAACCAACAAGAGCACCACCACCACCUCCACAGGACCGGCAGCAACACGGCCGAGAUGCACGAGUCCCUUGGCAACGGCGCCGGCGGCACGCCGCCGCUGCCCAACGGCCGCGCGGCGGCCGCGGGGGCGGCGCGGUCCCGGCUCGCCCGCGACGGGCCGCCCUCAGAGCUGGACACGAUGAAGGAGAAGUUCGCCAAGCUCCUGCUGGGCGAGGACAUGUCCGGCACCGGCAAGGGCGUGUCGUCCGCGCUCGCGCUCUCCAACGCCGUCACCAACCUGGCGGCCUCCGUCUUCGGCGAGCACCGCAAGCUGGAGCCCAUGGCGCCCGACACCAAGGAGCGCUGGAAGAGGGAGGUCGGCUGGCUGCUCUCCGUCACCGACCACAUCGUCGAGUUCGUGCCCACCAGGCAGACCGCGGAGAACGGCACCACCAUGGAGAUCAUGUCGACGGCGCAGCGGCGCGACCUCGCGAUGAACAUCCCCGCGCUGCGAAAGCUGGACGCCAUGCUCAUCGGCUACAUGGACAACUUCGUGGACCAGACCGAGUUCUGGUACGAGAAGGGCGGCGACAACAAGCGCGACGACGACAAGUGGUGGAUGCCGACGGUGAAGGUGCCGUCGGAGGGGCUGUCGGACGUGACCCGCAAGUGGCUGCAGUACCAGAAGGAGUGCGUCAACCAGGUGCUCAAGGCGGCCAUGGCCAUCAACGCGCAGGUGCUCGUGGAGAUGGAGAUCCCGGAGAUCUACAUCGAGUCGCUCCCAAAGAAAGGGAAGACGAGCCUUGGCGACGCCAUCUACCGGAGCAUCACCGAGGAGACGUUCGACCCGCUUGAGUUCCUUGCCGGGAUGGACCUGUCGACGGAGCACAAGGUGCUGGACCUCAAGAACCGCAUCGAGGCCUCCACCGUGAUCUGGAAGCGCAAGAUGCAGACCAAGGACUCCAAGUCGUCGUGGAGCUCCAUCGUGAGCUUCGAGAAGCGCGAGCAGUUCGAGGAGCGCGCCGAGACCAUCCUCCACCUCCUCAAGCUCCAGUUCCCCGGCACGCCGCAGUCGCAGCUCGACAUCUCCAAGAUCCAGUACAACAGGGACGUCGGGUACGCGCUCCUGGAGAGCUACUCGCGCGUGCUGGAGAGCCUGGCAUACAGCGUGAUGUCCCGCAUCGAGGACGUGCUGGGCGCGGACGCGGCGGCGCAGAACCUGACGGCGAGCGAGGCGGCGCGGCGGAUGCUGGAGACGGCGGAGGCGCCGCCCGCGGCGAGGAAGCUGGACGCCAAGGAGGAGCUGGAGAAGCUCAACGAGGCGCCCGCGUCCAUGACGCUGUUCGACUUCAUGGGCUGGCACUUCGACCAGGACGAACUGAUGAAGCGCAGGGAGGACGGCACGCUCGACCCCGACGGCGAGGCCAAGCUCCUCAAGAAGGCGCCCAGCAUCGCCCCCACCAAGAAGUUCUCCUACGUCGACAGCCUCUCCUCCGGCGGCAUGAGGAGCCCCUCCGCGCGCCACUGACCGGCCGGCGAGCAAGCUUAGCUCAGCCUACGAUCCAACACCACGGGUGGUCGAUCUUCCCGGCAAAGAAGAUGAUGACGACCAUGGAGGAUCAUCCAACGAUCCGGUUCUUGCACGCGUGUACAUAGCUGAGGCGCAGCACGUACGUACUCACUAGUGAUCGAUGAUGUUCUCUUCGAUCUCUUACUGAUUUGUUCCUUGUCCUUUUGCCUCCACGUUCUAGAAGAUUCUAGAAUCUAGAUGUGGGGAAGAAGAGGGUGAUUAUUUUGGUCUGCGUACGCACUGAGAGGAUUGCUGCUAGCUGCGCGUACCUACUGAUUUUCUCAACUACUAGUAAUGUACUUUGGGCAUGGCUCUCCAGAGCGGUUAUCCAGAAGAGGAGACGCCUGGGCUCUGUGGCAUAUGUAUGAAACUUGCAGUCAGGAAAACGCAAUGUAUUCUUUGAUUUGUUCCAAGCUAAUCAUUUUUCUUGACUCA